AUGGUUGUAACAGGAGCCUCUAAAGGGAUUGGACUUGAGAUAUGUCGACAGUUGGCCUCUAAUGGUGUAACAGUGGUGUUGACAGCCAGAGAUGAGAAAAAGGGUGUUGAAGCUGUUGAGAAGCUCAAAAGUUCUGGAAUGUCUGAUAUGGUUUUUCAUCAACUUGAUGUGAUCAACCCCGCUAGUAUUUAUUCCCUGGCUGAUUUCAUCAAAACCCAGUUUGGAAAGCUUGAUAUAUUGGUGAACAACGCAGCAAUUGCUGGAGCCACAUUAGAUAAAGAAGGUUAUGAAACCCUGAAGUCAGUGGAUGAUCAACCUGUGGGGUGGGAAUGGAAUGUCAGUUCAGGUGGGGUUGAAACAUAG